AUGCACGAGGGCAAAUUGCGUGAACGGCGCGACACGGCCACGGGCGAAUCUGCUCCCUUGAUCAGCCCGACAUGCAUGUCGCCACUCACCGAGCUGGCUCAUCUCGACCAGCGUCAGACUACACAGAGGUCCGAGCCAGCAGCAGACAUCGAGCUCACUUCGAUAGCUCCGGUACACGCUCAGAACGAGCAUAAUCAAGAUGAGCCCCUUGUCGGGGCUGAGACUAGCCUUGACGGUCGUGCAUUCUGGUCCUUGCUCCUACAACAUGCCAGCGGAACAUGGGGCGACCGUACGGCCGAGUUUGCAUGGUAUCUCUAUCUCAUUGAGCUCUUCAAAUCGACCCUACUACCCGCGUCACUCUACGGCUUCUUCACAACAGGCAUCGCCAUCUUGCUCUCUGGCUCCAUCGGAUCCAUGGUCGAUCGACACAAUCGUUUGACCGUUGUACGAUGGGCCAUUGUAUGUCAAAAGUCGUCAGCGACGGUAGCCUACGCAGCUUUCUUGCUGUUGUUCGCGAUUCCAUCACUCCGAGAUGAAGCAGCCAAUGGCAGACACGCGCGCGGUCUGGUAUGGCUACUCUUCACAUUGAUCACACUUUCCGGCUGCGUGCUUCGUCUUUCUACGAUAGCCAUCAGCGUAGCGAUCGAGCGCGACUGGGCGACCUGUAUCGCCCAAGGCUCAUCCGCCCGACUGACGAAGCUCAAUACCUCUCUGCGACGUAUCGACCUGGGCUCAAAGCUGCUCGCUCCUCUCUUUGUAUCGCUCUUGACUACGACGGCAAGCUACCUUUUCUCUGUCGCUUUCCUCGCAGGGCUCGGCUUAAUCACGUUUGCGUUCGAGUUCGUUUGGAUACAAGUCGUUUACGAGCGCAUGCCGAUGUUGGCGCAACCCGACCCAUCACAAAGGGUACCCGUAAAGAGUUCAUCGGCGUCGGAAGCAAAAGUGCUUGCUCGAAUUAGUCAUGGCCUGCUCGAACAGAAGCAGAAUUGGCUAGACUUUAUAAGACACCCCAUUUUUGCAAGCUCGUUAUCGAUUUCGCUCCUGUAUUUGACGGUCCUUAGCUUUGACGGCUCGAUGAUCGCCUACCUCAAGACCCACAAUUUCUCAGACCCGUUCGUCGCGGGCAUGCGCGGUCUCUGUGUCGUCACCGGUCUUCUUGGCACCUUCUUGGGACCACUGCUUGAGAGCAAGCUCGGCCUCAUCAGAGCAGGAAGCUGGUCGAUCUGGGGCGAGGUCGUAUCGCUCUUGCCUGCCUUGCUGUCCUUCUUCGUCCUUGCGCCUCAACUCGCUGACAGAGGACUGCCGGUCAACUCGAUGCUACUGUUCGGUGGCAUGGCCGCAAGCCGCAUUUUUCUCUGGAGUUUUGAUUUGCUUAUGCAAGGCAGACAGAUCCAACUCAAACAGCUGCAGACCAUGCUGGCAGACCAUCCUCGGCGUAACGCCAUCACAGCUCUGCAGUUUUCAACGCAGAACAUGCUCGACUUGUGCAAAUACGUCCUGACCAUCAUCGUAUCUCAACCUCAGGACUUCAAAUGGGCAGCCCUCGUUUCCUAUCUUGCCGUUUGUGCAGGCGCGUUCUGCUACCUCGUCUUCCUCAGACGUCUCCGUGGACACAUUGUCCAUCUUGACUGGCUAGAGAGCUUGAUCAUUCGCAAGAGCUCAUAG